AGAAAUCAUGUUUCCCGAAAGCGGCUCCUUCCUAAAAGGCAUGCUGCUUGGAGGAAUUUGCUGCGUCCUGGUGACCCUUCUGGGACACAUUAAAACGGGCCGGCCCACGAAAUCUCACGAGCACCGACACCUCCAAGCGCCCAGGAAAGAGGACAUCCUCAACCUCUCCGAAGAGAAGCGCCUGGAGCUGACCCAGAGCCUCCGUGUCUACUGCAUCAUCCUGGUCAAGCCGAAAGAUCUGGGACAGUGGGCCGCCGUGAGGGAAACCUGGAGCAAACACUGCGACCGAGCCGAAUUCUACAGCUCCGAGAACGUCAAGGUCUUCGACUCGAUCGUGCUGAACACGGACGACAUGUGGUCCAUGAUGCGCCAGGCCUACAAAAACGCCUACGAGAAUUACCGGGACAGCUACAACUGGUACUUCCUCGCCUACCCCACCACUUUCGCCAUCGUGGAGAACCUCAAGUACUUCUUGUUGAAGCAAGACGCCGCCCAGCCGUUCUACACAGGCCAGACCGAAUCCUCGGGAGAUCUGCAGUACGUCAACGGCGCGGGCGGGAUCGUCUUGAGUGUGGAAUCCUUGCGGCGGCUCUACCGGAUUUUCCAAGAUCCGAAUAAGUGCCCCGAACACGGAGGCAUGAUUUGGAAACUUUCCGAAGACAAACAGUUGGCCUUGUGCUUGAAGUACGGCGGGGUGCACGCCGAAAACGCCGAAGAUUCGGAGAAGAAGGACAUUUUCAACACCAAGCCGGUGGGCGCCCUGAUUAAGGAGGCCAUGGCUAAUCGGCCGCAGGAAGUGGUGGAAGGCUGCUGUUCAGAUAUGGCCAUCACAUUCAGCGGCCUCUCGCCGAACCACAUGCACGUCAUGAUGUACGGGGUCUACAGGCUCCGAGCGUACGGCCACACAUUCAACGAUGCCUUAAUGUUCCUCCCUCCGCCAGGCUCCGAUAACGACUGAAAAGCGGCCCGCCAGAACACGUCGUCUGUAGCACACAGUGCCCUUCGGCAAGCAGCAUGUAUUGAGGGCGGCUCCAAAUUUUAAUUUUAUUAGCAUUGGUGUUAGCUCUCUCUUUUUUCCUUUUUUUCUUUUUUUGCACAAUCUGGUUUUGUAAUCUUUGCAAAGAGGGAGGGGAGGGGGGGUCCCGUUUUUUCAAACGACAAGCCCUUUUUAUACACCUGUGAAUGUCACCUGGAGAGGGAAGGGGAGAAAAACAAAAACUUCCGAAGAUUUCUUUUUGUUGACAAUUGCGUAGCGGGUAUGUAAAUAUUUAAAAUCAAGAUGAAUCUACUGUAAAUUAAAUCUAUUUUUGCAA